AUGGAUGACACAUUCAUUGUCAUUGGCUGCGACAACAACUGCAUUGAAGUGUUUGAUGCAAAGAGUGGUAAAUACGUUCGGUCUUUGUUGGGCCAUGAAGGUGGCGUGUGGGCGCUUCAGUUUAUUAAGAACGAGAUCAGCAAUGAGCACAUUUUGGUUACAGGAGGAUGUGACAGAGCCGCUAGCGUUUGGAACUUGACGACCGGUGAGAGACGCCAUGUAUUGAGAGGACACAAUUCUACCAUUCGUUGCCUAAAGAUACGGGAUGAUAAAAUAGCGGUGACAGGCUCAAGAGAUACAACACUUCGCAUUUGGGACAUUGAAAGAGGGACGUUGCGACAUGUCUGCACUGGACACCAAGGCAGCGUACGAUGCUUGGAUAUAUCUGGCAACAAAGUAGUCUCUGGCUCAUAUGACUCAACAGCCAGACUCUGGGAUAUCGAAACAGGCCAGUGUUUGCAUGAAUUCAUGGGUCAUCAUUCGCAAAUUUACGCUAUCGCAUUUGACGGCGUCAAAGUGGUGACAGGUUCAUUGGAUUCGCAUAUUCGAGUGUGGUCUGCUGAGACAGGCGCUUGUUUAGCUACACUGCAAGGACACACAUCGCUAGUAGGCCACCUUCAAUUAUCAACUCGAGUUUUGGUGAGUGGUGGUUCGGAUGGCAACCUCCGAGUAUGGGACAUGGAUACAUUUGAAUGUAAACAAAGAAUCUCAGCACAUGACAAUUCGGUUACCUGUCUUCAGUACGACGACAAACGCAUUUUGAGUGGCGGAUCGGAUGGUAGAGUCAAGUUAUGGGACAUUGAAAAGGGCACGCUAAUAAGAUCAUUUACGCAACAUGCAAGAACCGUGUGGAAGAUACAGAUGAAUGACACCAAAGCAGUGGUGAUUUUGCAGAGGGAUCGACCACUUGGACCCAACGAAGAGCAUAAUAUACAUGUAGCGUCUCACAGAACAGUGAUUGAACUACAUGACUUUGAUCUGGAUAAGGAGCAGGAUGGUCGCAUGACACUAGCAACUGCAAAUGCCGAUAGCGAGGAGGAGGAUGAUACUAGUGGCAGCAUUCUGAACGAACCCGCAACACCCAGUACACAAAUUCUCGAGGCUUGA